CCGGCGGCGGUUGUUGUUCGGCGGCGGCGGCCGCAGCUCGGGUGCAGCCUCCGGCCGCCCGCCCGCCAGCCGGUCCGCGCGCGCGGCCAUGGAGCUGGAGGUGCCGGACGAGGCGGAGAGCGCCGAGGCGGGGGCCGUGACCUCGGAGGCGGCCUGGGCCGCGGAGAGCGGGGCGGCGGCAGGCUUGGCCCAGAAGAAGAUGGUCCCGACGGAGGCCCCGUUGAUGACUGGACAACCGGGUCCUGGCCACGGGAAGAAGUUGGGUCAUCGGGGCGUGGACGCCUCUGGCGAAACCACCUACAAGAAGACCACCUCCUCCACCCUGAAGGGGGCCAUUCAGCUGGGCAUCGGCUACACUGUGGGCAAUCUGAGCUCCAAGCCAGAGCGUGACGUGCUCAUGCAAGACUUCUACGUCGUGGAGAGCAUCUUCUUCCCCAGCGAAGGCAGCAACCUCACCCCCGCCCACCACUUCCAGGACUUCAGGUUCAAGACCUACGCCCCCGUCGCCUUCCGCUACUUCCGGGAGCUCUUCGGGAUCCGACCGGAUGAUUACUUGUACUCGCUGUGCAACGAGCCACUGAUUGAGCUGUCCAACCCUGGCGCCAGCGGCUCCCUGUUCUACGUCACCAGUGACGACGAGUUCAUCAUCAAGACGGUGAUGCACAAGGAGGCCGAGUUCCUGCAGAAGCUGCUGCCCGGCUACUACAUGAACCUCAACCAGAACCCGAGGACGCUGCUGCCCAAGUUCUACGGGCUGUACUGCGUGCAGUCGGGCGGCAAGAACAUCCGCGUGGUGGUCAUGAACAACAUCCUGCCACGCGUCGUCAAGAUGCACCUCAAGUUCGACCUCAAGGGCUCUACGUACAAGCGGCGGGCCAGCAAGAAGGAGAAGGAGAAGAGCAUCCCCACCUACAAGGACCUGGACUUCAUCCAGGACAUGCCCGAGGGGCUUCUGCUCGACGCAGACACCUUCUCUGCGCUCGUCAAGACGCUGCAGCGGGACUGCCUGGUGCUGGAAAGCUUCAAGAUCAUGGACUACAGCCUGCUCCUGGGCGUGCACAACAUCGACCAGCAGGAGCGCGAGCGGCAGGCCGAGGGCGCCCAGAGCACCGCGGACGAGAAGCGGCCGCUAGGUCAGAAGGCGCUCUACUCCACGGCCAUGGAGUCCAUCCAGGGCGGGGCCGCACGUGGGGAGGCCAUCGAGUCGGACGACACGAUGGGCGGGAUUCCUGCCGUGAAUGGCCGAGGGGAGCGUCUGCUGCUGCAUAUCGGCAUCAUUGAUAUUCUGCAGUCCUACAGGUUCAUCAAGAAGUUGGAACAUACUUGGAAGGCUCUCGUCCAUGACGGGGACACAGUCUCUGUCCACCGGCCCAGCUUCUACGCGGAGCGCUUCUUCAAGUUCAUGAGCAACACGGUCUUCCGGAAGAAUUCCUCCCUGAAAUCCUCGCCGUCCAAGAAGGGCCGUGGUGCCUUGCUGGCCGUCAAGCCCCUGGGGCCCACAGCUGCCUUCUCAGCCAGCCAGAUCCCCAGUGAGCGGGAGGACGCACAAUAUGACCUCCGGGGGGCCCGCAGCUACCCCACACUGGAGGAUGAAGGUCGGCCCGACCUCCUGCCCUGCACGCCGCCAUCUUUUGAGGAGGCCACCACCGCCUCCAUCGCUACUACCCUGUCCUCCACGUCUCUCUCCAUCCCGGAGCGAUCGCCCUCGGAGACGUCCGAGCAGCCGCGGUACCGGCGGCGCACACAGUCUUCGGGACAGGAUGGCCGGCCCCAGGAGGAGACGCAUGCGGAGGAGGACCUGCAGCAGAUCACGGUGCAGGUGGAGCCCGCGUGCAGCGUAGAGAUCGUGGUCCCCAAGGAGGAGGACGCGGGGGUGGAGGCUUGCCCAGCUGCUGCCGCUGCUGAAGCAGAAACCACCAGCCAGGCCUCGGAGCCCGCCAGCCAGGCCUCGGAUGAGGAGGACACACCUGCCACGGACAUCUACUUUUUCACCGAUGGGAGGUACUGGAUUUACUCUCCCCGGCAUCGCCGACUGCGGGCCGUGACGCUGAGCUCCUCAGGGACUCCCACCGAUGAGAGGAGCUGGGUGUACUCCCCGCUUCACUAUAGCGCGCACGCCCACCCAGCCUCCGACGGCGAGAGCGACACAUAAUUUCUAUGCACUCACCGCCCUGGAGCCGAGCGCCCGCCGCCGCCGCCGCCCUGGCCGCUUCGCGGAGGCACUGCCCGCCCGCCGGACCCGCCUCCGCCGCCGGCCGCCGCCGCUCCUGUCAACUACCUAUGACUGUGAACCUCCCUGAGUGUCCGAUCACGUAUUUAUUUUGGGUCUUUACUCUUUGCACAAAGACGGCAGCACAGGUGUGCUUUUUUAGAAAAAGAUUAAAAAAAAAAAAAAAACGUGUGGGAAAAAGGAAGAAAGUCCACUCCACUGCACUUUGUAGUUCUUUGCUGUGCUUGCAUGUGUCUCCCUGAGGGAAUAAGGCCUGUUGGCUCCGGGGAUCUGUGCCCGGAGCUGAGAUCCACACUCCGAGGUUCUCCUGCUCUCCACUUGGAUGGGGUGCCCCCGCGCCCGCAGGCACUCUGGGCUCAGGCACUGGACAUCCGCCCUUGGAGGUGGCUGACCAGUGGUCUGGGGGCGGCUCUCCACCCCCCCCUCCAUGUUUCCACCACCUCACCUGCCAGGUGACUCGGGAGCAGGAAUGGCUAGGAGGCCACCCCUCUCCAUGGAGCUCAGGACUGUGGGCCUCUCUGUCCUCCCCAUGCGGCCUGCUCGGUAUCUCGCAGAGAGGGCCUAAGGCCUACGUGAAGGGAGCCGCGCUGGGCCCUCAGGCCGUGGGACUUCCAGAGAGCGGGUCCUGGAGCAGGGGCCCUCUCAUGGUCAAGUUGCUCUGCUGUCCAGUAAGAGAUCCUCCUCCAGGACCGGGAAGGGCUUUCUUUUUCUUUUGAGGUGGUGACGUGUAAACAACUUAAAGGAUAGGAGACAAAGUUCUUCGUGAAAAACACAAUAAACUUUGGGGGGUUUGUCAUCUUCAGGAGCAGCUCCCCCCGGGCUCAGAGACCCCACUGGAUCCAGAGGGGACUAUGGGAGCCGCUGGCAUGGUGGGGUCUGUCCUGCCCCCACAGAAAUGCCCUCCCACCUCUUGAGAGGUGGAACAGUGGGGAUGGUUUUCCCCAGCCCGCUCUGCCCCCCGCCCCCCGCCCCCUGCUCCCCACUGGCUUGCUUGCUUGGGAGGAGCUAGGAGCUGGCUUGGAGCAGAAGCUACACCUGGAAGAAUUUCUCCCAGCCCUUGCCUUCCUGGCGGAGAACCCACUGAUCCAGGAGUUUGAUUUUCUGAGUCCCUUGUCUGGGUCCCUCACCUGCUGUCAUCUCCCCUCGCACGGCUCGCUUUGUGCGCCUGGAGGGAGCCUGUUGGACUGGCUGCCUUCUGUCCAGGACGGCCAGGGACGCGCCAGCAUGCAGCCUGGGGAAGGCAGCCCUGAGAGGAUCCAUCAGAACAAGCCUGUGGGUGUCCCAGAUCAGAAGCAAAAUGAUGCCCUCUCCUUGUUGCCCUAGGGGGCUUUGUCCAGACGGCAGGAGGUGUCCUCACCUGGAUUUCAGAUGGGCAUCUGUCUGCAGGUGCCCUGGCUGCAUGCCAUGGGUUGCCAGUCCGUCCCUACCCCUUCCUGCCGAGGAGGUGAGCAAGCAGAGGCCUGGAGGUACAUCUCGGGCCUUGAAGACUAACAGGGACGACUGUGUCACCCAAAAGCCGGCAUUGGAGUCCCUGCCCAGGCCCCAAAGGCCGGAUGUUCAGGCACGUUGUGAGUUCUGUGGGGAUGACCAGAGCAGCACGCACAGUCCUGGAGCAGUGUGCCCCGUGUCCAGGGCAUCCUCAGCCACUUGGAGCUUUAGGAGCAAGGAGGGGAGCUCUGCUGGUCCCCUCGGGCUUUCCUGAGUGAAUCAUGGAACAAAGGCAUCGCUUGGAUGCUGACUUGCAAGAGAAAUUUGCAAGCCUCCUGGAUAUCAUGAUGUUUCUAUUUUUGUGUUAGGUCGCUGAGACCUCUUUGGAGACCUGUUUUGUGGUGUUUGCAUUCUUUGUCCCUUCAGAGAACUGUCACGUGGAUGCUAACGUGGUCUGCAGACUGUGCCGAUGGGAGUUGUUUGCUUAUUAUUUGGGGGGCCAGGGGCGGGAAGGCAAGACUUUAUUUAUAAUGUGUAGCAAAUUCGUGGCCUUUCCCAGGCUCCCCCACCCCCAGAGGAAGGCCCUGGACCCACCCAGCUGUCGCCGACCCCCGGCAUAGAAAUCGAAAUUCCUUCGUGGCGACACCUUGUCUCCCUUGUGGCUCAUCUCUGAUGGCUGUGGCCGCUGAGAGCCGAGAGCCUGGGCACUGUCCGGUUGGCUGAGCUGUGAAAACGAAAGACAUUUCCCGAGACUGACAAGGUGCAGCUUCCCGAGAGCCCCUGCUAGCCUCCCUCCUCCAACCUCCCCGCACCCCUCCCUCCACCACUUGGCUCAGUGCAAUACUCCCCUUCUGGUGGGGUCCCUUGCCAUGGUACUGUCGCUGCAGCCCCUCGGUCCGUACCGUGGGCCAGCGCCUUCCACCGCCUCUUCUCUGGUGGCUCAGUUGCAUCGCCUGUCCCCCACACCCCACCCCCAUGUCGUUUUUAUGGUCGAAUUGAUUUCAAAACAAUGAAACUGCAAACCUUGUGUGUCUUAAUUCUCUCGGGGGGUUCCAUGUGCUCAGCCCCCAUGGUCUGGUGUGUGACAAUCCAGAGCGCGGCCUCAUUGGGCACAGAAUGCCGUCUCUCUCAAACCCAGAGCCGUGGGCACCUCUGUAACUGUGCAGACCUGCUGGCCCCGAGUAACAUAUGCAGCCUCGGACCCCCCUUCCCGCCACCCCUCCUUCUUUUUAUGUUGAAGGGUUCUCUCUAAUAAAAUCGGGUAAUAAGCA